UAUAUAUAUAAUUGAUUAAUUAUCAUUUAUAGGAAAUUUAGGAUAUAAAGGUAGAACCGGUAGUAAAUCGAACGAAACUGGUGUUAGCUAUCCUGAUCUAUUGAUAGAUAAAAAGAAUAAAACUUGAACUAAAUGAUAUCGCGUCGAUAUAUUUUUUUACGUUUUAAAGAGAAAAAAGAAAAAUAAACCAAUUUUGUUGUUUAAUUAAAGCAAAUAACGUCUGCUCGUUAAAUAAUUUGACCACUUUCUAUCCGUUUUAGAAAGUAAUCGGAAUGGCAGGCUGUCUUAUUUGGGCCUAAUCGUAGCUUUUGUACCGAUACAGAUUCAUUACGAUAUGCGAGUUACGAUAGUUGACCAAUCUUAUUAAAAACUCAUUUGUAUAAACGUGACAUACAAGGCAUACAAGUACACACACAGAGAGAGAGAGAGAGAGAGAUUUGUACGCAAUUAUGCGAUAAUCCGAAUAUAGGGGUUAAUCAAAGAGGCUAUUCGCAAAGGAAAAUAACAUUGUAUAUUUAAGUUUUGCUAUCGAAUCACGCACGAAACGGAGGAACAUGCUUGUACAUUAAUAUAAACAUAUAUGUAGAUAUUUAAUAUAUCGUUAAUUACGUAUAUAUGUAUUAAUAGGAUUAAAGGUAUAGUAAAUGGCGCAUCAGAAAUAGGAGCGCGAGUUUUGACGGAUGUAAUGCCAACUUUUUUAUUUAUUAAAUAGCUCGUUAUUUUUUGUAUAAAAGUUAUAUCGAUACAAAAAGGACUGAAAUAAUUCAUCGUAUAUAUUAUUCAUCGUUAUCAUCGUUGAUCUGAGCUUUAUUUAAACUUACAUACAUGCAACGUUAAAUUCAUAUUAAUAAAAAAUGUAUACUUAUAUGUCCCACGAUCAGUUUUGUAUGGGUAUAUACAUAUAUAUGUAUAUAUAUAUAUAUAUAUUCGUGAAAGCGAAGGGAACGUAAAUACCAAAGUACUUUGUUAAACUAUUAUUUUAUCGUUUCGAAAAAGAAAGAGAAAUAUAUCAACGACGCGUAGUACGUGUGUCGCCGCAAACAUUAUAAAAUAGGAUUGGUUCGUGGGAAAUAUAGCAAUAUCUAUGUAUAAUGUACGUAUAUAGCUAUCAGCCGUGAAAAUGCAUUAUUCGAAUUUCACAGGGUGCGCCUGCGAACCAUGGAUAUUUUCUUUCUUCCUUUCUUCUUCUCUUUCUUUUUCUUUUUUCAAAUGAAAAAUGCGUGUAUAUACGUACUAAACAUAGAUACAUAAUUUUCUAUAAAUAAUUUCAAUGCAAGAUCAUAGAGAAUUGAAGUGAGAUUUUCUUGUUCUUAUAAUAACGAUAUUUUAACAACAACAACAGCAACAACCACAGCAGCAACAACAACAACAAUAACGGUUUUAACGAUAUUAUAAUAACAACAUUUUCACGAUAUCGGCGAGUUAGAUUUUAUAACGUUGUCGAAUGUUGGAAUAAAGACUACUUUUCAAGAAUCUUCUCCCGAUCUUAUUCCAUUGCAAUCCGGAAUUGGAAUUAUUCGAGAAGCCAUUGAGGAAGAAAGGAUGGACGCUUUGUAAAUCCUAUAUUACCUAUGAUAUUAAUAAGUACAUCUCGGAUAAAUCGACGUUUAUACGACGAAUAUUAGAUACGACUACGAUAGCUAAAUGGUAAUAUUAUAUCGGUUUAGUAGUUACAACUAAAAUAGUUCGCGCUCGUAGAUAUCUAUAAUUAAACGUUGGAGGUGACGUUAUAGGACGGUGCUAUUCACAGUGGGUCUAGUUUGAUAUUUCUUACCGAGCAUGUUGGUUUCAUACGCGCGCUUCUCUAUAAACGUUUCGCCGGGGAAAAAGUGAAAAGAUAAAUUGAAGGGUAUAUUAUAGAUAGGUGUAUUAGAUAGGUAUAUUAGAUCGGCGAUAGUUAGAGAUAGAACUGGGAGUAAAUCCAUCAUUUGCAUCGCGUGUGUACGCGUGCGUAUGCGAUUCCUUUAAGAUCGUUCCUUUAAUUAUCGCCAAUUCGUCGAUUCGGAGUAACCCUAUGGGGGAAAAUCUGGAUAUGGGAGAAUGUCCGGUGUGCGGUAAGCAGGCUCGGCUGAAGUGCAGCGGCUGCAAGAGGAGCUUUUAUUGCGGGAAGGAACACCAAAGGGAAGAUUGGCCGUUGCACAAAUCAAUCUGCCAUGCCUGGGAGAUCGAGGAAAGCAAAGAAUUGGGAAGAUACUUGAUCGCAAGGAGGGAUUUAAAGAGCGGUGAGCCGAUCAUUUCGGAAGUGCCACUCGUUUGGGGAGCCGCACCUCAUACGUCUUACAGGGUGUGCGUCGGUUGCGGUCAACGUUGCGAGGACGUCGAAACGAGAUGUGCCAAGUGCUUCUGGCCUUCCUGUUCUACGGACUGCAAGGCUCUCCUGGCUAAGGACGGCCACGAGUUGGAAUGUGCCCUUCUUGCAAAAACCAGAAUCUUUCCCAGAUGCGACGUUUUGCUAGCGAUAAGGAUGCUGAUACUUUGGAAGACAAACUCGAAGCGUUGGAAAUUAUUGGAAAAGCUACAGAGUCACGAGGAUUCUCGCGGUCCUGGGACCGAUGCUUACGAGGAGGUGGAAGAGAUAACGAAUCAUCUUAGAGCCCUUAUCGCGGUCGAUCCUUCUUGCGCUAAGAUAUUGCCUAAAAUUUGUGGGCUAAUCGACGUGAACGGGCUCGAAACAUUACCGCCGGAAGGUUCCGUCGCCAUUUAUCGCACGACAUGCCUUUUGGAACACCGUUGCUUACCAAACACUCGGCAUUUCUUCGCAUUGGACGAGAAUGGUAGACCGAUCGUAAACGUGCUGGCCGUUACCUCGAUUAAAAAGGGCGAACAUUUGAGUACGUGCUAUACUCACGCACUUUGGUCUACGAGAGCGAGGAGGCGACAUUUGCUCGCGACCAAAUAUUUUUCUUGUUCCUGCGAACGAUGCGCCGAUCCAACGGAACUCGGAACGCAUCUUGGCACUCUGAGAUGUCCUUACAACGACGGCGGAUUCAUUCUUCCGAGGGAUCCGUUGGACUUUGAAACGGAAUGGUCCUGCGAUACGUGUAAAAAUACUCUUCGGUCCUCGGAGGUCGGUCAAUUAAUGGACAGGCUCGAGGAAGAAGUCGAAGAGGCAAUGAGGACCCCAAACAAGGCCGUACUUUCCGAUCUUCUUUCUCGACUUCGCGCUCUUCUACAUCCGGGCCAUCAACAUUGCAUAUCUAUCGGGCAUUCUUUGAUACAAUUAUUACCGUCGAACGAUCGACAAAAAUUCGACCUUUGCAAUCUUAUAAUGAAUACCGUCGCCGUCGUAGAUCCAUACUGCGAACGAUUGACACUCUACGCGGCAAUUACUUUACGAGAACUCGCCGACUGUCCAGGACAAGACAAGAAAGGACAUUUGUCGAAAGCCAUGACUUUGUUGAUGUCAGAGCCUGCGAAAAGUCCUGGCGGUAAAUUAUUACGACUGAUAAAGUCCGAAUUAGAAUAUCUUUGAUCCUAUUGUAUUGAUGUAAUUGUCCCCUACGUGCGUAGGGUCCUAAAAUAUUAUAUUAGAUUGGAAGGAAAACGCAAAGAAAAAAGUGAAAGAGAUCAGGCGGAAUAUUAUGAAUCAAUAUGAAUUUUACAUUAUAUUUUAUUUUAUGGAUAAACUUACAUAUAUACGUUCAAA